AUGUACGAGCAGGCAGAGCCUGUCCGGUCGCCUUUCUCCGGCCCCGACAGCCGCCAAAGCAGCGGGCCGACCCAACCCCGUCCCGUCCCUCAGAGUGGUUCACGCGGGCGUGUCCGCCAUGGCAACGGCGCUUCUGAUCAUGACAAGCAGCGGGAAGACCAGGACACGUCUUCACACACGUACGAAGACGCCGAGGAGGUGAAACGUUACGCAACGUCUGCAGACCGCGCGUAUCCGGGUGGAGCGAGCGGCCGCCGGGGUGUCUGUAGCUUCCUCCGCGCCCGCCGCAGCUGCCUAGCCGCCGGCAUCGCCGUGCUACUGAGCUUGGGCGCCGUGGGACUCGCCCCUCUGACGUUCAGCAACAAGCAGGAAAUAUCCCAAUUGUCGACUACUUUUGACGCCUUGAAACGCGACCAAGACGACUUGCGUCAAUUGUCCAUCACUGUUGACGCCUUGAAGCGUGACCAAGACGACAUGUCCACCACUGUUGACGCCUUGAAGCGUGACCAAGACGACAUGUCCACCAGUGUCCACACCUUGAAGCGCGACCAAGACGACAUGUCCACCAGUGUCCACACCUUGAAGCGUGACCAAGACGACAUGUCCACCACUGUUGACGCCUUGAAGCGUGACCAAGACGACAUGUCCACCACUGUUGACGCCUUGAAGCGCGACCAAGACGACAUGUCCACCACUGUUGACGCCUUGAAGCGUGACCUGAACAACGAGCGCAACCGGACCGCCACCCUGGAGCAGCGUCUUCACAAGAUUGAGAAGACUUUACCAUCUUGUCCCGAAGGUUAUACAAUCUGGCGUGGAAUCUGCUACAAGGCCUUCAACAUACGCAAGACCUUCGACCAAGCGACCGCGGCCUGUUGUGCAGACGGCGGCACCCUCGCCAUGCCCCGAGACGCUGACACCAACGCCUUCCUGGUCUCCCUGUACAAGUCCGUGCGCGGGGUCUACUGGAUCGGCCUGCACGAUCAGCGCGAAGAGGGAAAGUUUGAGUGGAUGGACGGUUCUGCACUUGGGCCGUACAACUCCUGGGCUCUGGGACGACCGUACAAGUUUGUGGACGUCACUGAUUGCGUCGUUUACUGCCCGCAAGAAUCCCAGAAAGACAAGUGGUGCGACUUUCGCUGCAAGUGGUCCAAUUACUUCAUUUGCCAGGCUGCUCCAGUUGAAAUGUACGAGCAGGCAGAGCCUGUCCGGUCGCCUUUCUCCGGCCCCGGCAGCCGCCAAACGUUUACCAGCAGGCCGCCGCCCCAACCCCGUCAGAGUGGUUCACGCGGGCGUGUCCGCCAUGGCAACGGCGCUUCUGACAAGCAGGUGGGAGACCAGGGCACUCCUUCACACACGUACGAAGACGCCGAGGAGGUAAAACGUUAUGCAACGCCAGCAGACCGCUCGUAUCCGGGUGGAGCGAGCGUCCGCCACGGUGUCUGUAGCUUUCUUCGAGCCCGCCGCAGCACCCUGGCCGCCGGCAUCGCCGUGCUGCUUAGUCUGGGCGCCGUGGGACUCGCCCCUCUGACGUUCAGCAACAAGCAGGAAAUAUCCCAAUUGUCGACUACUUUUGACGCCUUGAAACGCGACCAAGACGACAUGUCCACCACUGUUGACGCCUUGAAGCGUGACCAAGACGACAUGUCCACCACUGUUGACGCCUUGAAGCGUGACCAAGACGACAUGUCCACCAGUGUCCACACCUUGAAGCGUGACCAAGACGACAUGUCCACCACUGUUGACGCCUUGAAGCGCGACCAAGACGACAUGUCCACCACUGUUGACGCCUUGAAGCGUGACCAAGACGACAUGUCCACCACUGUUGACGCCUUGAAGCGUGACCUGAACAACGAGCGCAACCGGACCGCCACCCUGGAGCAGCGUCUUCACAAGAUUGAGAAGACUCGCUUUCCAGCAUCUUGUCCCGAAGGUUACACAAUCUGGCAUGGAAUCUGCUACAAGGCCUUCAACACACGCAAGACCUUCGACCAAGCGACCGCGGCCUGUGGUGCAGACGGCGGCACCCUCGCCAUGCCCCGAGACGCUGACACCAACGGCUUCCUGGUCUCCCUGUACAAGUCCGUGAGCGUCCGUUUGGCCUACUGGAUCGGCCUGCACGAUCAGCGCGAAGAGGGAAAGUUUGAGUGGAUGGACGGUUCUGCACUUGGGUCGUACAGCCCCUGGAUGCCGAGACAACCGAACAACUGGGGGCGCAACAAAGAUUGCGUCAUUUACCCCUCAUCCUACAAAGACAAGUGGGCCGUCUAUUUCUGCGACGUGCCGCUUUACUUCAUAUGCCAAACUGCUCCAGGACCUCCAUAG